GCGCAAACUUGUUCUUACACCUAGGUCUAUUUUCUGCUAACCGGCACCUAGUUCUAGGUCCCCAAGCGCAAACCCUCUAAUGAUCACGAGUUAUCGACUGCCAAACUUUACUUGUACCGAUCCUCCGGCGACAUCCACCAACCUCCCCCUGCGUGGCCGCCUCCAACUCAUGCACCUCCCACUCUCCUACCCCUUAUCAGCCUUUGGCGACCCCUCUGUCCAUCAAGCAUGCUCCGAAAUGUCUUUUUCAAAAUAUCUCCUGUCUCCGCCGUCCUGCUAGCCGUGCUCGCGAACCCCCUUCCAUUUUCAGUGCGGGAACAAACACACCUCACUAGCCGCCGCAACUCGUCAACCACUCCAAUAUCUCAGGGCCUAUUUGGUGAGUUCGAGGAGUUGUCCAGAAUCGUGGACAUCACUUACUGUGUCGGCUCACUGAACACCGGUGUCGAACGGCCAUUUCAAUGCCUUUCUUACUGCAGGGAUUUUCCAACGUUUGAGCUUAGACAGGUCUGUCGCGGGAGCUGGUCCUUUGCUAUUGCGUGCCGCUGACAUGUCUGGGUAGACUUGGAAUACUGGUAUAACUCUUCAAGACUCUUGCGGAUACGUAGCGCUCUCGCAUGCCCCUGCCCUUCCCCGCAUCAUCGUCGCAUUUCGUGGAACGUACUCAGUCGCCAAUGCUAUUGCCGACCUAUCCUUGACGAAGCAGGAAUAUGUCCCAUAUCCGUCCAGAGGCCGACCGGAAAAGUGUGAGGGAUGCCGUGUACAUUCAGGUUUUUAUGAGAGCUGGACCCAGAGCGAGGCUAUCAUCGGGGAUAUCGUGGAUGAGCUUGUCAGGGAGUAUCCAGGUUAUAAGCUCACCCUGGCCGGACACUCACUUGGGGGAGCUGUUGCUGCGCUCGCCGGGUUGGAUUUUAGGGGUAGGGGAUAUGACCCGAUAGUUACAACCUUUGGAGAGCCCAAAGUGGGCAAUAGCGCGCUAGCUCGUUUCUUCACCAAGGUUGGUUCUGAUGGUUUGGGGCUCAACGGAAGCCGGCAAACUAAUAUUCGGCAGAAAUUUACCGCCGACACUUACCGUCGGGUCACACACAUCCACGAUCCGGUCCCUCUCAUCCCACUGACUCAAUGGAAUUACUCCCAACAUGCCUAUGAGUACUACAUUUCCUCACCCCAACUCCCCUACGCCCGGGAAGAUAUUCAUUUGUGCGAAGGGAGUGAAGAUAUGAACUGCAUUGCUGGUGACAGCCCGAACGCUCUGCAGCUAUUCCGGGCGCAUAGAGAUUAUUUCCAUAGGAUGGGAUUGUGCGUGCCCGAGGAUUCUUUCCUGAGGAGGAUUAGGCUUUGGGAUAGCGUGGCGGGGAGCGAGUUACCAUCGGACUCCGUGGCAUAAUUGCGUUGAUCGCUAGUUCAGGUUCGGAGAGCCCGGAUGAACAGGCAUUGUUAACAGUUUCCUCACGAAACUAGUUGACCAGGUGCUUAUAUCGGCGGGGCGGGGGUGGUUUUUGUGACUUUAUGGCGAACAGGGGUGUUUUUUUCCCUUUCUUCACAUCGGUGCGGAUUGCGAAUCCAUACCGGCACCAUUAUUAUUAUUUUAGUUGCCUGAAAUUGUAUAUCGAAGGACAAAUCAGUCCUUUUUUCGUGAGAGUAUGGUGGUUUAGUGUGAUGAUUGCGACCGGAUUGGCGGUGGCCCGUAUUGAGACUUGAGGCUCAUUGGGAGAUACUGUACCCGGUGGUGGUUAUAAGGGAGGCGCACUUUCAAAGAACGCAAGCUACGUAUAUAUGGAGUAAAACAAGUAACCAACCUCGAGUGAUAUUCAAUAAUCACAAUUGGUGAAGGAUCAAAGUAAUAUGUUGCGUGCCAUCCAAAAUGCGCGCCGAACCAAAGAAAUGUGUUGUGUGGCUGUAGAUCUUAAAUGUCAUGUCCUCUGUAAUGUAGGAGUUUGGGGGGGG